GUUUUAUAAAAAGGAAUAUUCCGUUUGCAUUUAGGGCUUUUAUCCAUUUCGUUUUGAAUAAAAAAUAAAAAAAGAAGGUGAGCAAAUAAGCAAAUGAAUUUAUUUUAUACACUUUUUUAUCAAAAACUUUUUUGACUUCAACAUGUACUCUGACACGGUUAUAAGUAGCGUAGCUCGAUGAAUAACAAUUCGGUCUUCCAUGCUGCAAUACCGUUAGGGCUUCACCUGAUCCGAACAGUGGCUUAAGAGACAGGUUGGCAAUAUGUUGUUAUAAAGUACUCAAGGAUAGCAUCUGAAUUUCAAAAUAUAGCGAGUAAAACCAGGGCUAAUAAAGAAGAACUUUUGGCCCAUCACCGGAUGAAUGCGAACAAUGGGGUGAGCAAUUCACGACUACCUCCAAUCGGAAAUGAUGACUAUUUCUACGAUGGUACUUCUUAACGAAAGUAAAACCUUCCAGUUUUAUUUUCAAGGGAUCUGGAAGGGCUUUAUGCUGCAUAUCCUGAAACAAAUAAAGCAUCUCUCUUCCUUGCUUGGGACCGUGAGCGCCUUAAAGAAGGGUUGGUUUGAAGCAAGCGAAAACCAAGUGACUUGUACAAAAGUACCUUCUUUAAUAACCUUCUGACGAAUCUUCUGUUCCAAAGAUUGAGAGAUCGAAUGUGAUGCUGUUGCUGUUGAAGUUUCCGGAUCACCACUUUAUAGCAAAGUUAAAAUCGGCAUUAGCAUUGAAGUUUUUUAUCUUGAAUUUUCGAAUAGUCUCUGGCCUCUUCCCCGUUGUAAGAAAUCCAUUUGUUUUUUGAAGGAUGCUAGAUAUAGCGGGGAACCAAAAUUUCUGUUCCAUAACGAAGCGUCCAACAGAUAAUGUCAUCUACGCCUGGUGCUAUCCAAGGCAAGCGCCACAUUUUAAUGUAACCAAAAUAUGACUGCAAAAGGUAAAAGCAAAAAACAUGCAACACAAUAAUAGAGAGACUGCUUUGCCAUUCGCAGAGAUUCUUUUGAUCCCAUGUUCGCCGUAGGUGUUAAUGUUUGGUCUAUAGUGAGAAUCGUUAGUCCAAUGGUAUAAAAGUUUAAGUUAUUUAACAAUUUAUCAAUGGAAUUCAAUGUAGUUUCAUUUAACAGAAACUUCCAAUGAAGCAGUUUCAGGACAAUAUAAUAUAUUAGAGGGAA